AUGGCCUCGGCGACUUUUGACUCUGAACAGCGGAAGGUGAGGCAAAGCCUCACUCCUCCUGCCUCUCAGCCAGACAUAGUAUCUUUGCAGAAGAAGGCCCUCUUGGCUAUUGGAAAAUCCAGCGACACAGCGAUUUGCAUUCCCUCUGAUGUCGAGUCUGACACUGAAGAUGAAAAUGACGAGAGUCGAGAACUCAACAAUUUGCAAUCUUACGCAACACGUGCCAGCACCCCGAACUAUCUGGAUCUCACCGGCACCGAACAUGGCGCAACUGAACCAGAAGCUGCCAUUGGCGUGGUCAUUGCGCCAAUAGUAUCCCCAGCUCAAGCGGAAGCCGCCCCAACUUGGCCGAAUGAGACACAAGUUUCUCACCUCGCUGAUACCGAACCGAGCCGGAAAUCUUCUUGCAAGAUGAAUCAUGUACUCUCUGGAGAUGCGUCCGCCUCUCAAGAUGUCAAUUUUACAACCCCUCCUACUAGCCCUGAAAGCGAGCCAUACCCGGCCGCGGCGGACGGGCAAGAGCUUCGACCCGUACCAGUCAGUGAAUGGAGCAACAUGAUGGUCGAUGCCGUCUCUGACCAUGGCGCUUGUUAUGACGCCCAGGGUCCUCCGGGUUCCCCCUCGACUUACACGCACUCUCCGCGGACUGCCAGCCCCGCCGAGGUGACCCAAGCGUCACUCGAGGCAAGCGAAGCACCCGCCGGCAAUUCGUCUGACGAUCCCACCCCUGGAGCCCGCAAUUCAUCGCUGGCAGCAAGGAUGUCACCCGAACCGCAUCGGGGACAAAACUUGGGCGACGCAAGCUGCGGGUCCAGCGAUCCCGAGUCCGAGGCCGUGGAUGGUGGACCCGGAUCGCCGGACAAGGCCAGGUCAUCUCCCCAGUUGCCGUCCCUGCGCCGUUCUCGUCGCAGAUCCCCACAUGCGCAUACCACAGCGCAAGAGGAGGACAGUGACGCAGAUACUGAAAGCUCCGGCAGUGAGGAUGGCCCCGAUGUUCCAGAAUAUGCGCGUGACGAGGACUAUUGUCCUUCGCCUCCAGAGGUUCAAGGACCUGGCUCGGAAGACGAUGAUGUCGACGAUGAAGAACAUCAAGAUCACAAACGCCGCAAGGUCUCUAAGUCUCCUUCCUGUUCGACACACAAUGCGGCUACCAGUGCCCGGGAUUCUCACCGAAGGAGGCGAUCCACAAGAGCUUCCGCACACUCAUUGAGGGAGCGCGACACAUCGGCACUUGGCUUGUUAAGUCCAACACCACCGCGUGCAAGAUCUGUUCCCUCCGAGGCCAGUGCGGUUCUUGCUCAGUUUCAGGAAUGGCCGCUCGAGAACGUUUCAAUGAAACGCGUUACCGAAAAUGGCAAGACUACGUUUCAAUUCCAGUUCAAUUGGCCCCUUUGCACAAAUCACCCAAAUGCCACCGUUAUGACCCCCGAUUCAACCCGCUUGGUCGCGACAAGGAAAACAACCAAGCGAGCCUCUGUAGGACGGGCAAAGUAUUCAGACGAUGAAGAUAGCUUCCUCAUACAACUGAAGGAAGAGGAGCAGCUUGGGUGGGCGGAGAUUCGUCGGCGUUUUGCUCAACGUUUCCCCGAACGAGGCGGCUCGAGUCUGCAAGUGCACUACUGUACGAAACUCAAGUAUCGUAGGAGAAGUUGA